UUCUUUCGAGAUUUGUUUUAAUCGCAGCAGCCGAAGGCCGUAAACAUUCGACAUCAUGCCGCCGUCGCUCGUCUUUUUCUCGCUUUUACUCUCGACCUGCGCGUUUUCUACUCAUGCAACAGGCUUUUGGAUUUGCUAAAUAAACUAUUUGUGCUUGUAAGUCGGGCGUUUAUAUACUUUAGCGAUGGUUAUCCAUCAUUGCGGCGAGUAGUGCGUCUGAGACGCAUAAAGAGAGAGAGCGCGUGAGAGAGAGAUUAUGGAGUAAACGCGCAACCGUGACAAUAACCACAAUUUUAAGAGCAUGGCGUUAUCUGUGAUUCAGGCGUGUCGUAGUUUAGCCCUGUCCACCUGGCUGCUGUCUUUCUGUUUCGUGCAUCUGUUGUGUUUGGACUUCACGGUGGCGGAGAAGGAGGAAUGGUACACGGCGUUCGUCAACAUCACGUACGUGGAUCCGGACACGGCCGAGUUCCGGACGGAGAAAACGGAGUGCGGCCGUUACGGAGAGAAUGCGCUCAAGACCGAGGCCAGGGGCGUUCUGGCGAUGCCCGCCGCGCAGCAGGACAGACACGCGUGCGACCCCAACACCAGGUUUGCGCCCCGCGUAAACGGCUCGUGGAUCGCGCUCAUCAGCAAGGGAAACUGCACGUUUAAAGAUAAAAUCAGACACGCGGUGGGACACAACGCGUCAGCUGUGGUCAUAUUCAACGUGGGAUCAUCCAACCCCAACGAGACCAUAACGAUGCCAGAUCGAGAUAUUGGUGAUGUGGUGGCCAUCAUGAUUCCAGAGCUGAAGGGUCGUGAGCUGGUUCUGCUCCUAGACCGAAACAUCACCAUUCACAUGCACAUCACCAUGGGAACGCGGAACCUUCAGAAAUACGUCAGUCGCACGUCUGUGGUCUUCGUCUCUAUCUCCUUCAUCAUCCUCAUGAUCAUUUCUUUGGCCUGGCUCGUCUUCUACUACAUCCAGCGUUUUAGAUACGCCAACGCUAGAGAUCGAAACCAGAGAAGACUCGGGGACGCCGCCAAAAAAGCCAUCAGCCAGUUACAGGUGCGGACCAUCAGGAAAGGCGACCAGGAAACUGAAAGUGAUUUUGAUAACUGUGCCGUGUGUAUCGAGGGCUAUAAGCCCAAUGAUGUCGUGAGAAUCUUACCAUGCAGGCAUCUCUUUCAUAAAGGCUGUGUUGACCCUUGGUUGGUGGAUCAUCGCACAUGUCCCAUGUGUAAAAUGAACAUUCUCAAAGCUCUCGGCCUUACGUCCAGUGCGGAGUGUCUGAAUGAGUUUCCUCUGGAUUAUGAACUUGCUGUGGGAGGUGUAGCUCUCAAUGCCAUGGUGAUGAGUGAUGAUGUCAUGCCCGGGGAUAUCGCUGGAGGAAGGGACCCUGGUGUCAGGAUGGUUGGUCUUCCUCAGGUCCUCCUGGAUUCAGAACUUCUUUCACAGGACUCCUUGCCAAUUGAGCAAAGUGAACUACAGCCAAUAGCCAGUGGCAGUUCGGAGGGGUCACUCGCUACAGGGGCGGGGCAUUCUGAAAUUGACACACCCACUGAUGACCCAAAGUGUUGAUCUAGCCACACCCACUUAGCUAUGGAUUAGUAUUUUGGGUUGCCAAUUGCGACCGGAACAGGUGACCACAGCGACGGGCUUGGACGGGUUGACUGCUUUAAUCUUGGUGGAGUUUUGUCUAGUGACAUUAUAACACACACUGCCUGUCGAGGACAUCUCCUGAUCCUCAGAUGACAUCUCCUCUCUGUUUUUCUUCUCUUUCUCUCUGUCUGAAGAGCAGGGUAAACUUUGCUCCCGUACACUUGAGCUAAAGCACUUGUUCAGUAUUGGCAGACAAUCCAUACUGAUCUGCUCGACAAUCACGUAGUCGUUUUCCUCUCUUCCCUACCGUCGCAAUGUUCGCUGCCCGUAUUACUGUCGUCUCUGAUGCCAAUCCAGAGAGAAGAAGAGUAAAGACUAUUUUGAAUCUGAAGAAGAGGUGGUUUAUUUUUCUAUAGAGAUUCAUCUGAUAUGCUUGAGUUGUGCAGUAUUAAAAGACCGCCAGUAUUUGGAGCCACACGUCUGAGUGUUUGGAUUUGACCUCUUACCAAAGACUGCAGGCGAGAGUGUUUGAUGGAUGUCGUUGAUUCUUAGUGUUUGGGAACGAAACUGUAGAAGUGCUCUUGGGAUUGUGUGGACCCGGGUCAUGUGAUGUUUGCCAUGCAUGCCACAUGUCCUGUCCACCUGUGUUUAGAUUCUAGUGGAUUCCAUUUAAAGCAAUCGUUCACCCACAAAUCUAAAUUCAGUCUGUGAAUGUGCUCGCCCUCAUGUACAUUGUCUAUUGUCUUUGCUAUUUUGUCAAGGUGGCAUUUACAAUGCAAAAAAAUGACUUUCUUACUUGGUACUUUUGUCUUAUUUUGUCUUACAAAAAACAUCAAAUUGAAGUGAAUGUGUGCUUAAAACAAACAAAAAAAAUGGGGUAAGAAAAUGUUUCUUUUUGUACCCCAUUGGCAGAUAUUUUGCUUGUUUUAAGCACAAAUUCGCUUAAUGUUUUUAUGUAAUUUGGCUCAUUAAGAAAAUGCAUGUUGAUGUAAGAAUUUUAGAUAUUUGUACUAAAAACAAGACAAAAAUACUAAGUAAGAAAGUCAUUUUUUUGCAGUGUGUGUCAAGCAACUAAAUGACAAAAGUAUAAAUGUAUCAUAAAAAAAUGUGUGACUUGUAAAAUCUAUUCUGUUUAUAAUCUGUUGUUAAAUGGAUUGGCUGCAUUAAAAAAAUCAAAAACCGAAUGUACUUGAUUGAAUAAAAUCUUAUGGAUUUGAGAUGACGUGAGGGUAAAAAAAUCAUGAGUUUUCAUUUGUGGGUGAACUAUUCCUUAAAAUCUGUAACUUGUUAUUCCUUGUUGGGUUUAACUCUGUAUUGUAAAUAAUUUUGAUUGCCAAGUUUUUCCAUCAUGCACUUUAUGUAUUUACAGGUUGAAUUUUGAUUUAAUUAUUGAGAUUCUGAUUUUAGUCACAAGUUUGUAUACACAUGCGCACACACACACGUGAUUUGUUCUUACACACUCAAUAUUUGCACGCGUUUCAGUCAGACUGUGCUUUGAAUAUUAAUAAAUUUUAAUGUGUGUC